AUGAAUCGCUUCCUCAUAUCUAAAGAAGAAAUUGAUAUAGUACUACUAGCUAGAAAAACUAUUAUAGAAUUUGAAGGUAAAUUAUGGACUAGAGCAGAUACCCCUAAUAAUUUUGAAAUACCCAUGGGUUCUAGCGAUUCGGCUGAGAUAACUGAUUUAGUAGGUGCAUAUCUAUUAAAGUGCAUAAAAAGAGAAAUCCCUGAAUUACAAGGUGGCCUAUAUAGGGAUGAUGCUCUGUUUGUUAUUCCUAGCAAUAGUAAAUCUAGCAUUGAACGGAUUAGAAAGAAAAUUAAUAAGUUCUUUAAAGAUUUUAACCUUAGCAUAACUUAUGAACCUGGCACUAAGAUAGUCAAUUUCCUGGAUAUUACCUUAGACCUUAACUCUAAGCUACCUUACCCAUUUAGAAAGGAAGCAUUAUCUAAAGCGGGAUAUAACCAGGAAAUUACCUUUCUUGAUAAGGAGAGCUUGCAUCUUCCUAAAAAUGAAGAGAACAUUAACUACGUAAACAAGAAUAUAGAUCGUGCCCGAUAUAAAAAUAGAUUUAUGGUGACGAAGAAUCCAGUGUGCAAACCAAAUCAUAAGAAUAAAAAUAUUGACCAGAACAUAAGUAACUCUGAUAAAACUAAUCUAGAUAAAUCUAAAAAACAUACAAAUAAAAGUAAUACGAAUAAUAACUCUCGUGGGGGCAAUAAUAAUUCAUCUAACCCUAAAUCUAAUUUAAGAAAAUAUAAUAAAGAAAAUAUCAUCUGGUUAAAUGUUCCUUUCAACUGA